AUGUCAGUCGAAGCAAAAACAUUCACGAACAAAUCUAAUGGUGAAACAUUCACAAAAGGCACUUAUAACGGUAUUGAAGUCUUACGUAGAGACAAGGAUGGUUACAUUAAUGCAACAAAGAUGGCAAGAAAAGCAGGAAAGUUAAACCAUUUAAACAGAUUUCUCAAUAGUGCUAAAAUGCAGGAAAUUCUUGAGUUUUGGUUGAAAGAAUACGGUCGAGCCAAAAGUGGCUCAACCUCAAAACAAGCAUUUUAUGAGCUUACUAAGGGCGUUAUGAAUGAAUUCAAAGGUAUUUACAUACAUGCUGACCUCGUUCAUUUUUGUUGCUGA